AUGGCAUGGAGGACAGCUGGUUACAAAAGUCGCUUGUCGACUGCCUCAAGUGUUCUGUUAGGCCAUCCUGGGCUCCCGGGCUCUUUGAAACAUGCCAAAAUGAAUGUCAAGGAGCUGCUUAACAUGGAUCCCAGUGAUGAACAGUGGACAAAGAUGUGGGAGAGCCUGUGGGAUUCCAACUGGAACUUGGAUGAGAAACCACCAGCUUUUAUCGUUGACCAACAGCCUAUCAGGGCGUAUGGUGUAAUGGCUGUGCACGCUGAGUUCGCGAUCCAGAAGACUGGAGUUCGAUUCCCAACCACGUGCAAAUUCCAACAUGGUGGACAUUCUGCGGAAUACACCGAGCACACCCAAAUCCGGUUGCUGCCACGGGGUGUAGCUCAGAGCACUAAGGACCCAAAUCCGGCUGCUUCAGACCACAUGACAUGGACAUGUAGGAGAUUAGCAGUUGUUGGAACCCCGGUGGUUUGGGUCACAUGUGGAUCACAUGGUCGAUCCAAUGUGAAGGGGCCUAUCAGGGCGUAUGGUGUAAUGGCUGUGCACGCUGAGUUCGCGAUCCAGAAGACUGGAGUUCGAUUCCCAGUAUGUUCUGCCACUCUGGCCUCAGGAACCAAUGGCAUAGACCCCAAAGAUGAUUCUCAAGUUAGAAAUGAGCUAAGCACACUCGAUGGACUUAUCAGGAUGAGCCCAGAGCUGGGUGUAGCUGAUGACGAUGAGCAUGUUGAGCCCUACCUGUCUACCGACAGUGGCAGUGGCCCAGGCGAUACUCUUGGCCCUGAGAUGCCAGUAAACCCUCCAGAUAGCGAACCUGAGACAUGGCCAGAUGAGACAAUGGACCCCACAGACAAUGUCGAAACACAUGCUGAGCCUCUUACCGACUUGGUCCCUCCUAGUGGGUUUGGAGAUGUGGAUAGUCCCAGCUGUGAUGAGGAUAUUGAGGAGAGGUUCUGGAAUGAGAACCCUCGUCCCCAAAGCCUUCCUCCAAUUAGAACAAUCUUCAAUGCCAUCCACUCACCCACCCAGUCUACCCAACAACAAAAGCCAACAAAAAUCUGGAAGGAAAUAACAGAGUUGCAUUUACCUCAAGAGACUGAAAAAGUAAGAAUGUUUCCAAGUUCCCCUGUGAAUGACAGCAGACCAGAGACAAAGCAAGAUAUUACAAACAUAUUGCGAUCUUCCCUGAUGCACUACCAACAGUCAAUCACUGGCAGCUGA